UUUCGUGACACAAGUGAAUAUGGAAAAUCGAGGAUAUCGAGUGCAGGGGAACAACAAUCAGCCGUCCUUUUGGAAGAAAAAUGCGCGAACAGUCCCAGGAAGACCGAGUCCGAAGCAGGAUAAUCGUCCAAAAGUCUCGGCAUCUAGCCUUCCAGCUCCUGGAGGAAAUGGUGGUACUGUAACUGGUAGCAGUACCAGUGCAGCAUCAUUCAGAGAUUUUCAAGAGAGUGUGGAUGAUGCCUGGGACUCGGGUGAUGACGAAUUCUGCAUGGUGUCAGAUGUCAAAAUAUCGAAGAAAGUCAGUCAUUCCGCUGCUAUGAGCGUGAUAAAUAGUCAUCGAAGUAGUGCAAAUGCAGCCAAAGAUAAUCAUGCUGCCAGGGGUCAGGAGAUUAUUCCUGAGGAGAAAAGAACCGAGGCACUUCAGAGACUGGCUGUUCAACCCCUUCACCUGAGGAAUGAUCGAAACAUUCGUGUCAGCACUGGUGACAAUGGGGAAAUUGAUUUUGGUCACUCGCCACAUCGGAGUGCGCAUUUUCCAGGGAGGCCCCAGGCUCUCAAGCAAACACCAACGGCUAAUAAAUUUUUUGUACCGUCCAAGGAGCAGGAUGGCGAGAGCAAAAUUGAUAAAUUUCAAAGCCUCCUCGAGGCGUCACUCCUCAAUCUCGAUGAAUUGAGACAGUUGUCGUGGUCUGGAGUACCAGCUAAAUUGCGAUCUGUCACGUGGAGACUUUUAUCUGAGUAUUUGCCAGCUAGCUCAGAGAGACGUCAGCAAGUGCUCGAACGCAAGCGAUCGGAUUAUCUGAAUUUAGUUAAACAGUACUACGAUGCGGAGAGGGACGAGGGCUUUCAGGAUACAUAUCGACAAAUACACAUUGAUAUUCCCAGAAUGUCACCCCUCAUUUCUCUGUUCCAACAGAAUACAGUGCAGUUGAUAUUUGAGAGGAUACUUUAUAUCUGGGCGAUACGACAUCCAGCGUCUGGUUAUGUACAGGGUAUGAAUGACCUGGUAACGCCAUUUUUUCUCGUGUUCCUCCAAGAAGCUGUGCCAGCAUCAGUCUGGCAGGACAUUGAAAAUUACGAUGUAGCCUCGUUAGACCAGAAACAACGGGAUAUUAUCGAGGCCGACAGUUUCUGGUGUCUCUCAAAGUUCCUCGAUGGCAUACAAGAUAAUUAUAUAUUCGCCCAAUUAGGCAUUCAGCAUAAAGUUAAUCAACUCAAGGAGCUCAUUCAGAGGAUCGAUGCACCUCUCCAUCAGCAUUUACACCAGCAUGGUGUGGAUUAUCUCCAGUUCUCUUUUCGAUGGAUGAAUAAUCUUCUGACUAGGGAAAUACCACUUCACUGUACCAUACGCCUUUGGGAUACGUAUCUCGCUGAGUCUGAUCGUUUCGCUUCUUUUCAAUUGUACGUCUGCGCUGCUUUUCUUCUGAGAUGGAGACGUCAUUUGUUAUCUCAACCCGAUUUCCAAGGACUGAUGUUAAUGCUGCAAAAUUUGCCAACUCAAAAUUGGUCGGACUCUGAAAUAGGAGUGCUAGUUGCUGAAGCCUACAAAUUAAAAUUCACAUUCGCUGAUGCCCCCAAUCACCUGCAGGCAAAUGAUCCUAGAUGACCAACUCCCAAAAUAACGAGGGACCACGAAAAAAUAAAAGCAGUUACAGUGUUGGCAAAGUGAUAGUGCUUCGAUCAACCGUUUCAUUUUUAUAUCUUCCAAUUUUGGAUACUUACCAUAGACAUCAAUGUCUUUAACUUGAUCCCUUCAUUGAUAUUGUUUAUGAUCAUCUCGAUGCCCCUCUUAUAUGACACAUAAAGAUAUAUGAUAGAGGUAAAUAUGAUAUUGUCGUUAUUAUACUAUUGGUAUACAAAUUGAGCAUUAGAAAAUGGUUUUAUAUGACACAUGUGAAAUAUUAUAAAUCUGAUUUAACAAUGUAAUUAUUUCAAAUAUAAUACAAACUGAAACUCA